AGAGGGGGGUUUGCCAAGGUGAAGAGGAGGCUGGGAGGAAAAGAGGACGGCUGAGGGAGGCUUUGUCUUUUUAGCCGGAGUUUGACAAUUAGGCUUCAUCGUGUCUUGACACGGUGCUACGGCUGACCCCAAAACAGGACGCAGGAGGUGGCGCUCAGUAGAGACCAUGUCCCAGCAGAACUGUGAGGCUGAACCUGGAGCCCCAACCUCUCCUAGCCUCCUGGAAGAGGAUGACCCAGGGCCCCUGUCCUGGCAACAGCAGGCCACCAGUUCAAAGGACAAGAAGCCUCUAAGCUCCCUCCACCUUUCACAUAAGGCCCAGUUGGCCUUGGAGUACCUGCCUUUCUUCCGCACCUAUGGGUGCCUCCUGGCAGAGGAGGGGUUGGUCAUGCAGCCCGAGACACCACUCCAGGAGGACUCAGAACUGCUUGGCGGGUUCUUCCUUUACUACCGCUCUGAGGAAGAGAGUUUGCCCAGCCUGACCCUUCCUGGCUGGUCACACAGGCGCUCCCAAGACCCACCCACUGGGAGGGAGGCACAGGCUGGCUGCUUCUGCAGGACAACAGUCAGGGACGAAUGCUCUGUCUCGGCAGGGUGUCCCCAUGACAGUGACCUGGAUGCCGCUCUCUCCAGGGACCAUGGCCUUUAUGCCUCGGGAUUUGUGCCUUACUACAGAACCCCUGAGGAGCGCCUGCACAUUAGCCCUGGGCCUCCUGCCUCUCCAUCUGGGAGCCAGGGGUCCUCAGAGGCUGUCCAGGCCUGGUGCAGUCACACCGCAGGAAGGCUGGAGCUGACUGCAGCAGAAGCCACUGGAGAGCAGACCCUCGGCACCCACUGACCAUCAAGGGAUGAAGCCUGUCCUAAGUGCAGACAGAGAGAGCAGGAGCCUCCUGAAUGACCGAAGGGCACAGACACCCUGAAGCUGGUUUUGUAAAUAAAUCAUAUCACUGUAGAGGUUGGAGCUGGUGCACUAAUUGGA